AUGGCCCCUCCGCCCUCCUGCAUCGCCGCCCGAGAGGGUGACGUAUAUGCCGACUUAAUAAUGAUUAAGAUGCAUCUUUCCAUGACUGAGACAACUAUCAAAGAAUUCCAUGACACCUUGUGCAGGAAGUCCAUGCAGGAUAUUCCAUGGAUCCAUGCGCAGUUUGAUUACCUUAAUCCAUUCUUUAUUUUGUCGGAAGAACCCACUGAAAGCCUCAUCAAUCCAUGUGUGGAAUAUGGAAGUUUGGCCCACAAGAUGCAAGCUUUACAAGGCCAGAUGGGCUAG